AUGUCAGUUCCGGGUGUUCGUUGUGAUGAUCAUCGCCGUCGAUGGGAUGUACGAGAAUUUGAAAGGAAAGCAAGUGAUCGAAUUGAAAAUCUUCGUUCAGUAAAGAAGAAAACAAAUACAACAGAUGAAAGUGAUGAUGAUGAUGAUAAUGACGAUGAUGAUGAGAAACAAAAACAGAGAAAAAGUGAUGAGAAAAAAAUUGCACGAACACUUCUUCAAGCACGCGAAUGUAAAGUUGAUCUAGAAUCCCGAUUAGGAAAAUCUGUUAUUGUUACAAAGGCUACGGCACCUUCGGAUGCUGGAGGGUAUUAUUGUAAUGUAUGCGAUUGUAUUGUAAAAGAUUCAAUCAAUUUUCUGGAUCAUAUCAAUGGAAAAAAACAUCAACGAAAUAUGGGCAUGUCAAUGCGAGUUGAACGAUCAAAUGUUGAUCAAGUACGAAAACGAAUUGAAUUAAAUAAAGCAAAACAAAAUGAAGUUGAAAAAGAAUAUAAUUUUGAUGAGCGUAUGAAAGAAUUAAAAGAAGAAGAAGAAAAAAUGAAAGCACAACGACGUGAUAAAAAGAAGGAUGGUAAAAAACGAAAACUAGAAGAAUAUCAAUCAACUAAUGAUAAUGACAAUGGAGUUGAAGAUGAUAUGGCUGCUGUUAUGGGAUUUAGUGGUUUUGGAAGUUCAAAAAAAUAA